AUGGAGGAGGGAAAUAAGAAGAAGAGAAACAAGAAAAAGAAAAACAAACAGAACAACAACAAUAAUAAUAAAGCAACAGAAGACGACGUCUCGGUUGGUGUUAACAAUAGCAAUAAUAGUAGCAAUAAUAAUAAUAACACAGAUAAUACUAAUGGGCAGAAUUAUGGUGAUGAUAAUCAAGUUAUAGAGGUUGCUUCAAAUGGCGAUGCUGCAGUUGCGGAGGAUUUUAGUAGACAUAACGAUAUGCUCAUUGGAGCAGCAUCAAAUUCUUCCAUUGUAGCUGAAGCAGAGAAGCAGAAGUGGCUGCAAAGAGAGGCUACCUUUGAAGAAACAAUCAAAAGAUUACAAGAGGAAAAUGAUUCACACAUACAGAAAGAGGCUUCCUUUGAAAAGACAAUCCAACGACUACGAGAUGAAAAUGAUUCACACAUACAGAAAGAGGCUACCUUAGUAGAGACAGGAAAACAAUUGCAGAAUGAAAAUGAUUCACACACACUGAGAGAGGCUUCCUUAGAAGAUGAAAUCAAUCAAUUAAGAAGUGUUAACAAUUUAUGCAUGCAAAAAGAGGCUACCUUUGAAGAUACAAUCAAACAAUUGAAAACUGAAAAUGAUUCCCUCAUGCAGAAAGAGGCUGGCUUAGAGAUGAAAAUUGUACAAUUGCAGAGUGAAAAACAUUUCUGGCUUGAGAAGGAGGCUGGCUUGGAGGAGAAACUUAACUGCUUGCAGGAUGAGAACGCUGCUCUGGGUUUAAAAGCGGCAAGCCUAGAGGAGAAAAUUAGACAAUUAGAGAGUGAGAAAGAUUCUUGGACCAUAAUAGAAUUAAUUAGUGAGCUGAGCUCUCACGUACCUGUUGGAUAUUGGCUGUUUCAUGCUGUAUCAUAUGUAUUCAAGGCUGUAGGUUUCUUGAACAAUGAUGUAGUACAAGGAGAGGGAUUUAGGGAGGAGAGGAGGGGAGAAAGGGGAAAGGGUAGAGAAGUAGAGCAAAUGAAGUGGGAGAAAACUAAAAGAAUUGUGUUGGAGGAGAAGCUGAAUACAACCAAAGAAACUGUUACUGGAAUGAAUAUUGACAUCACAAGACUACGAAUGCAGGUGGUGGAGUUGGAAGAUUCCAGGAAUAGUCUUGUGAAAGAAAAUCAACAACUGAAGGAAAGCGUCUCUGACCUGAAGUUACAGCUUCAAAACAUUGAGACAAGUGUCUCCUCUGCUAACACAUCAGAACUCGGAAAGCAUGGUGCUGAAAAAGAGGAAUUGAACUCCCAGAUCGAAGCAGCUUGUGCACUGGUGGACAAAUUGAUCACAGAAAAUGCAGACCUCGUUGAGAAAGUGAAUGAGUUGUACAUUAAACUUGACCAACAAAGGGCAGCAGCUAGUCUUUCUUCAGUGAUCGGAAGUGAUGCCAUUGUUACAAAUUCUGAACUUGCCAAUGGAACUCAUCCUGUGUCCGAUUCUACUCAAAACUUGUCUGCAUUGGACCAUAAGUUAGUGUCCUUGGAAGUAGAACCUGCUGUGGUAGUUCCAAACUCCCCAGAAGCUGACACUGGAGAAAUUGUGCAAAUCCCAUUGGAUGAUAAUGAAGUUCAGGAUUUGGAGAUGCAAGCUGUGGAGACUGACGAUAAGAGUGGUGUGCCGAUUACAGAUGCUCCAUUAAUUGGCGCUCCAUUCCGGUUAAUAUCAUUUGUUGCUAAAUAUGUUAGUGGUGCUGACUUGGUCAACAAAGAUGAUUCAAAUUAG